AUGCUAUUGAAAAUCAAAAGACCGUUAUUGAUUUUGAUUAAUAUCCUGGCUUUUCAAGUUUUUUUUGUGGAUUCCAUUAAGUUAACUACUGUAGAGAGAUUCACAAGCAAUCAUUCAGACCCUGUGACUAUAUGGAGCAUUCUUAAUCAUAUAGUUUUAGACAAUAAAGAAGGCCGAAAAUUACUAAAUGACCUAUAUCCUAUAAUAACAGGGUUAGAUGAAUUUAGCGAAAGUGCUGAGGAUUAUUAUAUUACAGAAAACUUUGAAGAAAAAGAAGAUAUUAAAGCAGAUUCUACUUUAUUCCAAAAAGUAAUAGACACUCUGAAAACUUUUGAUAAAACUAAUAAAAAUUCUAAAUUUGAAACAACUUUUAGUGCUCAAUUAUUUAAAACUUACUACGAUCUAUAUCCCUUUGGCUUCCUUGAUUAUGUUGAUCCAGAUCUUUAUAAAGUAAAUCAUUUUACAUUAAAUGGAAAAAUAUUCGAUAAACCGGAUGAUAGCUUCUAUUUGAGGUCUGAUGAUCUAAAGAAACAAUCAAAACUAACAGAUCUCGAAUUACUAUCAGAAAAUGAUAACCCAUCUGCUAUCAUUGGUACCAAUUCCCAAGCACCUUUAUUAAUUUUUUAUGGCUGUCCUAACUUACCAGAUUUUAAGGAUUUUAGCAGAAAUCUAUUUAUUGAAGCCACUGAAACAGAAAAGAUUCGAUUCUUUUGGAAACCAAUCUGUAACAUCAAUUCAACUUUCCAUAUCAAUCAAGAUUUUUCCACCUCUUUCACAUUGAAAAAGAAUGAAGAAAUAAAUAAAUGGCAAUUAUUAGAGAAUCUAAUAGAAGUCCCAAAAAAAUUCAAAGAUAAAUUAAUACUAAAACCAAUAAAUAAUCAGAAUAUUUCAGAUCUCGAUAUUAAAGUAACUUCAUUAAUCACCAGAUUUUACAAGAAAAAUGGUAAUUUUAGCUCUACUAUAAAGUAUUUUCAAAGUAUUGUGAAUAAUUUCCCUUUACUGAUAAACACUUUGGUGGACACCAAGUUAUUAAAAGGCGAAAAGAAUAAAAUUAUCAAAAGUAAUUCUAUUUUAAAACAGUAUGGAAUUGAUUUUCAUAUGCUUGGAAUUUUUAUUAAUGGUCAAAAUAUCAAAUUGUCCUCUUUAAAUCAUUACUCAUUGCUCAAUACAAUCUUCAAUGAAUGGAAACGUAUGGUCCAAUUGAAAAAGUAUUUAUUAGAUUAUAAAUUAAGUGAUAAGACUUCUAUCAAUAUAAAUACCAAAUCGUUACUAAAAUAUUUUACAGACCUCUCAAUAUUAAGCUUACGAGAGUCACAACCAAUUAAAAUUGACCUUCAUAGAAUCAAAUCAUUUUCAGAUAAUGUUAUUUAUUUUAAUGAUAUUGAAAAAAACUCUCAAUACGAUGAAUUAAGUACUGAUAUUGAAAGUUUUUUGGCUGAAAAAUCUAAGUUUGGAGAAAUACCUGAAUACAGAAAAAACUGGAAUGAAAUUAUAUUUGUUAUAAACUUUGAUAAAAUUUUUCACACUCAAGAAAAGAAUGAUUUGGAAGCUUUGACUGGUUUACUUCGAAGUUUAAGAGUUGUUAAGGAAGGUUAUCCCCAAAGAAUCGGGUUACUUCCUAUAGGUAGUUCGAAAUCCUCUGCUUUAUUAAGUAAGAUCUACGAUUUUAAACUCGAAAAUGAUUUAGAUUCAUUGAUUACUCUCCUUGAGGACAUAGCAAGUGGAAAUAUUGAUAAUUCAUUAUUUAGUGAAAACUACAGAAAUGUUCCUGAUACAAAAUCCCUAUUAAAAUCAUUGGACAUUCGAAUGACUACUUCAAUUAUUAUUAAUGGGGAAAUCUACCCAUUCAAAUAUAAUUCUUGGUAUUAUCUAAUUGCCAAGGUUAUUAAGAAAGACACUGCUUUUUUAAAAAAUGAAAUUAAGAAAGAGCUCAAAUCUGGCAAAAAUCGCAAAAACAUUGAUGUAAGAGGUAUUCUGCAUUUGAAAUCUUCAAUUACAAAGAAUGAAAAGUAUACACCAAAUUAUUUUUCAAAUAGUAUAUAUACCACAAUGGAUAACACUAUAUUAACCACGCACAAACAAAGAAUUAUCGAAUGUAUAAAUAAUAAUAACUUAAAUAUACUCCACACUAUUACUCUUUUUGAUAAUUUUGGAACUGUUGAAGGACUUCAGAGAUUAAGCAAUCUGUUAAGUACUAAGUUUGAAGGUGUUCGUGUUAGAAUAUUCCAUUCCGGCGAUUUAUCAGACUCCACAUGGAAGAAAUUGAAAUCACAGAUAAAUAAAUACAGGGAGAAAUCUGAGCAGUUGAAAUUUUUAGACUCUUUAACUAAGAAAUCUAUACAAGCAAAUCACAACAAAAAAUCUCUAUUACAGAUUACAAAAAUGACCCUACAUAAAUGGUUACCGGAUGUUCCCCCUUCAUAUUUUGAUUCUAAAUUAUUUUUGGUAUUGAAUGGUAGAUUCAUUCAUUUUUCUAAACACGAGAUCCUUACUACAACUGAAUUUGAAUCCAUAAUUAAAAGAGAAUCCAAAAGAACUUUAGACACUAUAUUUGCCCUUGAAAAUAUAUUUCCUGGAUUUUCAGAAACAGCGUUAGACCCAGAUUUUGUUGAAAUGAUAUCUGCUUUAUUAUCAAAACUUGUUUAUCACGGUUCCCAAUACAAUAACGACGGGUUUGAUUUUACUACUGAAACAGUCUUAUUAAGGUUCAAUAUAGAACACUAUCUUCAUAGCAAUGGCUUCACUAUAUUUGAUGAUAGUGAUCACAAUUCUGUAGAGAAAUUAAUUGAUGUAACCAUUAUUGUUGAUCCAGUCGAAGAAAGAACUCAAAAAUUGUUAUCAUUUAUACCGUUUUUAGAAAAAAUGAAUAUUGUAAACUUUAAAAUAGUUCUUUUACCCACUGAAAACUUGCCAUUCAUUCCAAAUGAAAGGGUUUUCAUACCUACUAUUCCUAAUAGGUUGCUUACCAAGGAAAUAAUAAAUGCCUUUGAUGUUGAAGUAGAUAUACCUGAUCACUUUGCAGUUUCUAACCUUUCUCAAUUCGAUGGGGUCAUAGUUGAGAGUUAUGUGUAUGAUUCCAAAAUUACAAUAAAUGAGGGUAACGUUCAUGGCAUUGGUGGUCUAAGCUUUAAUGUUUUAGAUGAGCAUAAUGAGAUCAUAACUAGUUUUACCUCAAUGAGUACUUUUGGAUAUGGUCAAUUUAUGAUCCACGAUUUCCAAAAAAAAUAUCACAUUGUGUGUAUCACACCAGGAUAUGAUGUAGAAUUAGUGUCAAAUGAAAUAUAUUCAGAUUUGGUUGACGAGGGUGAAUUUAGUAUCUCCAAUUUGAAUAUGAAGAGAAUAACUAUACUAGUGACAAAUCAUGAUAAAGCAAUACCGGAAAACAGAAUAUCAAUGGAAAGUACUGAAAUAAAUAUUUUUACAACGUUAGCUCAUUCUGAUUUAGAACAAUCCAACUUCAAGAAAAAUGUAUUACAAAUCUGUGCUUCUGAUCUUACUAAAAAUUUUACAUUUUGGUUGUUAGAAGAUGCCUAUAUGAAUGAAGAAUUGCAUGACUUUGCUACUAUUAUCAAUAACAUUUCUGAUAUAAAUGGGAAAGUAAAAUUUGUGAAGUAUGAAUGGCCAAGAUGGUUACGUCCACAACGUUACUGUGAACGUAAAUUGGACAUUUCUAGAUUUUUAUUCCUUGACGUAUUAUUCCCAUCAGAUAUAAAAAAAAUAGUGUAUAUGAAUCUUGGCACAACAGAUAAUUUAUUAGACCCCGAAAAGAUUAUAAGAUCCGAGACUAAAAAGGCUCCAUUUAGCAUGUUUAAAAUGGAAGUGGACGGUUACUGGAAUUACGGCUAUUGGGAAAAGAGGUUGAAAAACAAUGGAUAUUCGUUUUAUUCAACAGACCCUGUAUUUUUAAUCGACUUAGAAGAGAUAAGAUCCAAGGAUAUCGGUGAUCUUUUAAGAAUUCAUUAUCAACGUUUAUCAGCAGACGCAAAUUCUUUAGUAAAUAUUGGUCAAGAUUUAUUAAAUGACAUUCAAAGUGAAGUACCUAUUAGCGGAUUAAAAAGAUCACUAAAGAAGAAUAAAUUAUUACUAUCUACCAGUAAACAAAUACUAAGUAGAUGGGAAAAUCAGAUUAUAGAAACACAAAAGACAUUACAAAGAGAUAAAAAGACAAAGAUUGAAAACACUAAUAAUAUUUUUAAUACACUAUCAUAUGAUAAGUUCCAUGAUGAACUUUAA